AUGAGUUCAACUAGUUUGUCAAUUCUCCGAGGAGUUUGUUUAGUCGCUCUUAUCUCACUGCUUCAUUGUGCCUAUUCUGCUGCACAGCAUCGAUUUUAUUUACGAUUGACAGAACAACCCUUCACGCAUCUUCCGCUUGAUAUCACACUCCAAACGAUAUUAAGCCUGGUUGCUUUCAUUUAUAGUACUACUUACAUCGCCGGUGAAUUCCAACCGAUACGUUCUGAUUUACAGGAUCGUGCAAAGUCAUGGGAUACAGUUGGAAACUGCCCUUCAUUUUAUACGUUUCAUCAUCGCGCAAAAACUCUUUCCCCUUUAUACAGAGCAUUACGCCAGCAGUCUUCAGUACCCAUAUCGAAGGAGACGGCUUCUUUUUUAACAGCAUUUUGUAAAGAAGACUUUGGUGAUAAUCUCUGCAAAAGAUUUCCAAUAGGAACCAAACAUUCAUCCCAAGAAAAAUUUCAUUCAAAGCGUCCAUCCAAAGAAGUAUUGAACAAAGCCCUUCAGUACUGUCUGCAAUUAACUCGUAAACGAGAUUACGGAAAUUAUGUUGCUGGAUUAAUUAUGCCAUCAGAAAUUCAGCCGGCAUUGUUUACGGUACUGGCUUUUAAUGUAGAACUAGCUGUGAUCCGUGAUCAAGUUGUUCGCAAUUCAGGAAUUUCUGAAAUAUAUCGUUUGCAGUUCUGGAAGGAUACAUUAGAUACUUUGUACAACCGAACUAAUGGACCAUUACCUCGACAGCCAGUCGCAACAGCUCUGAGUUUUUCAAAACACUGUUUUGAAGAACAUCUACUGCGGAAUUUAGUUACUGCAAGACAAAAAACUUUGGGGGAUCGUCCAUUCAGUUCUCUGAAUGAUGUCAGAAAAUAUGGUUUAGAAACUACGGGUUCACUUAUUCUACUAACCAUGAAACUUCUUUCUCGUUCACAUCCAUGCGAUGAAGUGUCACUUCCUGCAGAAGCAGUAAAAGCAGCCAGUUCUAUGUCAUCCGCGAUUUCAAUUAUAACUUCCAUCAGAUCUGUGAUGCCAUUAUUAUCAAGAGGAGUUUUUUUAUUACCUACUGAUCUAACGAACAAAUAUGAGCUAAGUGCAGAAGAUAUAUUUGGAAUAAAAAAACAGUGCGCUUUACGGAAUCUGAUCAGGGAACUUGUAGAUGUCGCAGAAGAGGAACUAUUAAAAAGUAGACGUUAUCAUAAAAAUAUACAUCCGAAUCUUCGAAUGGCAUUAAUGAGUAGUGGUGCUACAUUGGACCAUUUAAUUGCAACUCUUCGUAAAAAUAACUACAGUUUAUUAGACAAGCGACUCCAGCGUGGAUACGAGUUUCUUGCUUGGCGUCUUUGGUGGCGUAGCUUACUUUGCCGAUAUUGA